AUGGUCUCCUACUCGAUCCAGAAAGUGCCUGCAUCUACCCCAGCCGCCGACCUCGCUGCAAUUUUGCGCAAGGACGGUGCCUUGGUGGUUCAGAGGCUCGUGGAGCCCGCCAUCUUAGACACUAUACACCAGGAGCUCGCCCCAAAAACCAUCGGCCCCCUGGUCGCCCUCGCCGCCAAGAGCAAGACCUUCGCUACUGAGCUUCUGACCAACUCGGUGGCUCAGGAGGUCGCGAGCCUCAUCCUCACACGUUCGACCGGCUCCUGCUGGGGCCCCGAGAAAUCCGUAUCUACCAGCAUUCACCGGCUGUCAGCGGCGACCUUGUUUUUGCAUGGGCCGGGAUACGAAGGAGAUGAUCUAAUGCGGGAGGACGAGGCCCACCACGUCAGACAUCCAGCUUCACCCGUCGAGGCUGACCUCGGAAUUGUCUUCGCUGGCACAGCUCUCAGAGCCGGAGCCGGUGCUAGAAAGGUGAUCCUCCUUUCCAACCACUGGGAUGAUGAGAAGGUGCCACGAUCCGAGCUUGCAGAGGACGUGGAAUUGGAUGCUGGAGAUGCCCUGUUCUUCAUGGGAUCAACAUACACUGCCCCCGGCCCGAAUACAAGUACCGACAAGUACCUCUUUUCGAUCGAGGUCGACUUCUGCGGAGGUUGGUGCCGUAGCCGCGAAAACCAAUAUCUGGCCGUUCCCAGAGAAAUAAUCGAGAUCUACCCGGAAAAGAGGCAGAGGCUUCUUGGCUGGUACAUUAGCAGCCCGUACGGGGGAUACGUGGAGAUGAUGGACCCUCUGGAAUGGCUCAAGACGGGCGGUGACCCGGCAAAGUUCAGACCUGGUGAUCUUGUCUAG